AUGAUCUUACUACUGUGCAAGGCCACACUCUCCGUCAUCUUUCUGCUUAUCCUUGUACUGUACGGCUCGAUACACUUUUACCGCGAUCCGGGAAGCAUCUUCUUCGAUAGGACCAGAGCUUUUGAGCAGCGAUACAGCCUCUUGCGCAAGGCAGAAACUCAGCAAUUCAUCGCCGAUUUCCAAGCUGGACGAACGGCCGAGGCCGCGAAGAAUCGAAGCCUCUGCAUUUCGCUUAGCUCGGUGGGCAGGAAGGAGACGAGUUACUUAGAAACCACCAUAGCCAGCAUCCUUCAAGGCCUGACAACACCGGAGAGAAGCGAACUGUACAUCAACAUCCUCAACGCCGAACCAGAUCCCAGUCAUCACCCUAGCUGGAACAGAUCCUGGCUUCAUGAUGCCGUCGAUCGCUUUGACGGUUAUUCAUUCAAAGAUCCAGAAGAAGAGACUUACAUCACAGGCCUCGCGGAGAAGGAAGAGUUUGCCGAAAAGGGCGUCUACGACUACAGAACAGCUCUGCAAAGAUGCCUCGACACCGACGCCCGCUAUGUUGCGGUCUUCGAAGAUGACGUGCUACUCGCCAAUGGCUGGUUGAUGCAGGCACUUUCCGGUCUCGACAAAAUCGCAGCAACGACCGUUGAUCAAUACCUGUUCAUGCGACUUUUCAAUCAAGAGCGAUCGAUCGGCUGGGCCGGGAAGAACAUUGGAGAGAAUCACGAGUACCCGAUCAUCUUUGGCAUCACGCUAUUCGUAUCACUUUCCAGCAUGGCAAUCCGACGGAGAUGGCAGUGGACGCGGCGAUAUCUAGAUGUUGGAACGCUCUUGGCCAUUACCGGAAUCCUCAUUCCCGGCCUGGUGAUCCUGUUCUAUCAAUGUGGAAAAGCUUCCCUGCUGCCGCCCUCUCCCGGAGUAGUCGAAGAGUCCUUUGGCUGUUGCUCGCAAGCUUUGAUCUUCCCAAGGGAAAGCAUUCCCCCAAUGAUGGACUAUCUACAAGAGCGGAAGAGCGGGCAGGUUGAUCUCAUGCUUGACCAGCUCGCAGUAGAGCGUGGCUAUGCUAGAUAUGCCUUGUACCCUGUGCAAGCUCAGCAUAUUGGCCUGGAGUCUGCACGGAAGACGCAGCGAGAUGAAGCUCAGGCAGUCUGGAGCAUGGCUUUUGAGGAUCUGGAGCCGAAAAAGCUCGAGGCUGAGCAUUUUCGCCUCGCCAGAUUGAGAUAUGGAUCAGAAGUGAGAGCUUGA